AUGGCGGAGCAGGAGGAGAUCUCAGAUCCGAAGGAGUCGCUGGUCGAUAAAAUAUCAGAUAAGCUUCACGGCAGUAGCGAUUCGUCGUCGUCGUCGUCGGACUCGGAUUCCGAGUCUCAGAAGGAACCGGCGCCGCCGUCGCCUUCGUCGGUCAAGGAGAAGAUAUACAGGUUGUUCGGCCGGGACAAGCCGGUUCAUAAAGCUUUUGGCGGAGGCAAACCUGCUGAUGUAUUCUUAUGGAGGAACAAGAAAAUAUCUGCCUCAGUGCUUGGUGUGGCCACUGCAGUUUGGGUCCUGUUUGAGUUGCUCGAGUAUCAUCUUCUUACUCUGGUCUGUCACAUUGUAAUCCUUGCUCUAUCCUUAUUGUUCUUGUGGUCAAACGUGACAACUUUCAUCAACCGAAAACCUCCUCAAAUUCCGGAAGUUCGGCUCCCAGCAGAACCAUUUGCUGAGGUUGCAUCUGCCCUUCGUGUUGAGAUUAAUCGUGCUCUUGCUGUGUUGAGGGAAAUCGCAUCCGGCCGGGAUCUGAAGAAGUUUCUUCUGGUUGUUUUUGGCCUUUGGGUACUUUCGAUAGUGGGCAGCUUCUGCAACUUCUUGACACUGUUUUACAUAGUGUUUGUGUUGCUGCACACUGUACCCGUCUUGUAUGAGAAGUAUGACGACAAGAUUGAUGCCUUUGCUGAAAAAGCAAGUAUCGAGAUCAAGAAGCAGUAUGCAGUGUUUGAUGGCAAGGUCCUUAGCAAGAUACCAAGGGGCCCAUUGGAUAAGAAGCGGGCUUAA